CACCACCACCACCACCACAGCCAAUCGCACCACAUACAAACAGAUGGCUACAUCACAGUCUGCGCACACACCAUCGCGCCGCCUCAAGCCGGCUACGUCCACAUCGCAGCCGUGGGCUGAUGUGGAAGCAAGGCUCCACGCCCGCGCCCACACCAGAAGAACGCAGCUUCUUGGAUCCGAGGCUGCUCGUGACAGGCAGGAUGCCGCCGCCGAUGGCGCUCUACUUACAAGCUCAGCGCUCUGCCGCUGAAUCGCUCGACAUCGGCGCCGAAACCCUCGCCGAGCUCCACGCCCAGCGCGCAGUCCUCGCCCGCGCUGCCCGCAAUCUCGAUCGUAUCGACGAGCACACUCACGAGUCACGCCGUCUGCUCAACACCAUCGGCUCGUGGUUUGGUGGCAUCAAGAACAUGUUUGUUCGCCGCCGCAAGCCGCUCGCCCGCCCGGAUCGCCCGCCUCUCGCCACCAUCGAUCCCAUUGCCUCUCCCGCCGGCUCGACCCGGGCCGCUGCCGGCUCUUCCCACCAAGCUCCGCUAGGAACAUCAGCUGGCACAGCUGACGACGACCUUGACUCACUCGCAGCUUCGAUCGCUGGCAUGAAGGCGAUGGCCCUCGAGAUGAACACUGAGCUCGAUGAUCAGAACAAGCUCCUCGACGACAUCGCCUACGGCGUCGACGCCGUCAGUCCCAAGAUCCGCAACUGCACCCGGCGUGCCAUCCGCUACACCUGA